CAGAGUUAUAACUCCACCCAUCAUCAUUGUCACCACAUUUUGCAAACAGUAACUGUGAAAGAAAGUCUUGUUCAAAGAUGAAAUUCCUGAGUGUUUUCGUACUUGCCUUAGUGCUGAUGGCACAGGGUAAGGUCGUUCCUGAUGAUGGGGAAAGAGUGAACGUGGUGGACGUACAGCCUGAGGUAGAUGCUGAAGUAGAUGCAGCUGUCCCAGAGGUCGUUGACCUUGUACCUCAAGUUCUCGAAGUAAGCGGUGAUCCGGCUGUCCGAGUAUUUCGAGGAGACCUCCCACAAGAAAUGCGUGCAUUCGAAUUACCUAAAAUGCCUGAAACGCUGUACUUGCCGAUUUUAUCGAAAGCCUGCACCAACUCUGCUUGCGUCUACAUUUGCAACCUCCUAGGAUUCCAGAAAGGAGUUUGUAUUUCAACCAGUACUUGUCAGUGCACCAACUAAUUUCUUUCAUCUUUUGACAGAUAAUUCGAAUUGGUUCUAAAUUGAUUCAUGUUUGAAAUGGCUUCUAUUUUUAAACUUUUGACACUUUUUUACUUCUAAAUAAACUUUUUGGAUUAGAA